GAGCAAGCGGCCUGGAAUUCUGGGCUCCCAUGGAAUAAUGAGGGCGGGCAGAUAGCGAGUCAAUUUGGCAGGGUGGAGUAUGAAGCUCGUAUCGGAAACAGCCGUCCCAGGGGUACCUCCGCACGCUUCUCUCCCCACUCUCAGCAGGCAAGACCGCAUGGUGCGCGAUUGUGUGAUCCCCGACCACAAGUCCUCUCGCAACUUGCCGUACGUCCCCGGGUCCAAUCCUGUUGCGCACAUUCUCACUUCUCCACCAUAAACAUCAGCUCUUCAUCAACGCAGGAUUCUUUGGGCGUCAACUGCAGCCAGCAGCUAUCGAGGAGAAAACCAGGACUUCGCCGUCCGCCUAGUCAGAUUUAAACCAUGUUUGGGCGCUCAAAGCAUGGUGCUACGCCGCUGCCUGUAGCCCAGAUCACCGUGCUUAUGGCGGUCCGUCUCGCCGAGCCUAUUGCGUACAAUGUCAUUUUCCCGUUCGUGAACCAGAUGGUCGAAGAGCUUGGGGUGACGGAUAACCCUGAUCGGGUCGGGUUCUAUUCAGGUUUGGUCGAAUCGGUGUUUGCUUUUGUGCAGUUCUUCACAGUCUACCACUGGGCCAAGAUGUCAGAUAAGAUCGGGCGGAAACCGGUGCUGUUACUGGGCUUGACGGGUGUGGCGAUAUCGGGCUCACUCUUCGGACUGGCAAAGUCAUUCUGGGCCAUGAUCGUCUUUCGGUCAUUAAGCGGCGCGCUCAACGGGAAUGUCGCUGUGAUCAAAGCUGCGAUAGGAGAUAUAACGGAUGAUAGUAACAGUACGGAGGCCUUUGCCAUGUAUGGUCUGACAUGGAUAGUCGGCACCAUGAUCGGGAAUGCGAUGGGCGGUACACUAUCGCACCCGUACGAAAGGCUCCCCAACUGGUUCGGCUCUUUCACUCUUCUCCAAGAGUACCCUUAUCUACUUCCAUGCCUAGUCGCAGCAGGCCUGACAGUAAUCGGUAUUCUCUUCUCUCUCCUAUUCUACCACGAAUCCCUCCCCGGGCUCGCUACGCCCCACCGCCCAGCCUUGUUCCCGCUCCACAUCGACACCGGCCUAUCGCGCUUGUCGUCUUCCUUGCCUUCCCCCUUCUCUCCCUUCUCCCGCUCGCCGGCGAGUCAUAAGCGACAGGCGUCAAUGGCUUCGUUGGUGUCUGAAUCAGAAACGCUGGUCGACUCUGAAGGGACGCAGGAUCUGUUGGGCAAGUCGAAAGAUGGGAAUGGGGGAGAGUGGACGUUUCCCGAGUUGAUGAGGUUCAAGAAGGUCAGGGUGAUGGUUGGAACACAGUUUUUGAAUUCAUUUAUGCAGGGUGCUUGGGGAGCUGCGGUACUCUUGUUCUUCUUUGAUAGACACAAUGGCCUAGGCAUGUCUGCGUCGGCGAUAGGACUCUCUUUGGCGCUCAACGGACUAUGGACGAUCCUCUGCCAGAUCCUUCUUCUGAGCCGUAUCCGACGCUGGUUCGGCAUCUCCAUGGGCUACAAGGUCCUCUCUGCCGGAUGGCCUCUGAUAUGGCUCAUCCUCCCUUUGCUCCGAAACGUCCUUACCGCGACUGAAACACCAUUGCCGCCCCCGGAAGAUGACCAGUACACCCACCCAUUGUUAUACCCAGAAACAAGGCAAUGGCCUACAGCUAUUUGUGUCAAUCUGUACUUGUCCCUGUCGUCGGUUGUGGCCAUCAGCUCCAGUCUGUUGAUGGCAGUCGUCAAUUACUCGAGUCCUGACCGGACCGCCCUCGGGGCCAUCAACGGCAUUUCCACAGCAGCAGGUUGCAUGGCAAGAGUCAUUGGUCCAUCGUCGGUCUCGGCGUUGUUUGCGAUAUCCAUGGACGGCCAAGUGAUGAACGGUCGGCUUUGGUGGAUAGUCAUGGUCGGCAUGUCGCUCAUCAACCUCGGCGUCUGCUGUCUGUUGGAGAACGACCCCUCGGGGUCGGCGUAUUUGCCCAAGGACAUUGAAGAGGGGCUGGAUGUUGAGAUGGGUGGGAUGUCACCGUCGGCUGGGCCUGGCGAUACAAGCGAGAGAGUUGGAUGACAAGAACAGAGACGUCGUGCAGUUCAGACUUCAGCCUAUACAGUCUAGUUGUAAACAUUUCUUCCCACCACAUUUGUACUGUACUUUGUUGUUUUGAGUGCGCUUUGCAUGUAUACAUACUCUUACUCUUUAUCUACCUCCCUAAGAAAUGCAUUGACUGCCAAACAAAGAUGGCCGUGAGAUCCAAGUGAGAUCUGUUCCUUCUAUGUGCCUGGGGUCCGGAGGAAUCGAAUGUGACGUGAAGUGCAGUUGCCCGAAGUCUCGGCUCAUGGCUCCUGGGUGGCUAC